AUGCCCCCACAACGCCGCGACCCAAGCGCGAAUGCGGAAGACAACACCACAGCCGCCAAGAGCCAGCUAGGUAGCCGCAGGCUGCAAGGACUACACCCGGACGAUGUAUUUUUUCCUGAGACGACCAAGAAGUUCGUCACCAAGUCAACCACCAUGGUAACCCCAGCGUCCCCCAUCGUGCUGCAACAGCCCAGGGAGCCACCGACAUUCCUUGGAUCACAAUUUGAAGACGCUGAUAACUGGCUGGAAAUAUAUAAAAGGCUCUCUGCAUUCAACAAGUGGAACUAUGACGACAAUCUACGGCAUGUGCACUUUGCCUUAGAACACGCCGCCAGGACAUGGUUUGAGAACUGCGAAUCAACCCUGACUACAUGGAAACGGUUCCGCGAAGGGGGUUCCACGACGGCGCUUCGUAGCUUCCAGCCUGCGGCGACCAGCUGUUUCGAUCCCGAGGCCAUGACUGAGCUGCACGCUGACGCUAGAGGUGUGGGUGUUGGCGCCGUCCUCGUUCAACUUCAUCAUGGAUGCCAGUACGUACGCAAGCCGGACACUGACGAGAGCGGAGCGAAAUUACUUCAUCACCGCAUUGGAAUGCCUGGCAGUCCUCUUCGGCAUCCAGAAUUUUCGGGCAUACCUGUACGGUCGUCAUUUCAAGAUAGGGACGGAUGAUCAUCCCCUUUGCUGGCUUGUUGAACUGCGGGAUGCUUCUGGACGGCUGGAAAUUUGGGCGUUACGUCUUCAAAAAUACAAUU